CGGAGGCUGGGUUCUGAGCCCAGAGACUCAUGGGAGGUCGAAGAGGAGUAUAUCGCGGUGCCUCCUGGGAAAUGUAGUCCAGAAGCUCGUGUUUUCCCCAAAGUGAGCAGUUUUCGGAGGGCUAUGACAUGCAAAUUGUAUUUUCCUGCUUCUCAGGAAGGUGAGAAGAGACAGAAGAGCGUCUUCCUCACUCUCGAUCAGGGGCAAAGACGGAGAGAGAGAAGAAAAAGAAAAACCACAAACUUCCUUUGAAAGCCAGUUUGUAGGCAGGGCCUGGAGCGCACGCCGGAGGCUCGGCCACUCGGGAAUCCUGAAGACUCUGGGAAGCCGGGGGGGACCGCCUGGGCUGCGCCCUGCUUGUCCUCGCCCCCGACCCUGCUCCAGCGCCCCCGGUGUUGGGCGUGAGUCCGGAAGUGGCCGCGACCCAGGCUGCACGCCGCGAGAGUAAAGCCGUGUCAAGCCGCGUAAGCUCCGGGGCUGACAGCUGGGAGGCAGCUGGCGCAGUCGGCGCCUCUCAACGAUGUCCCCACCUCCCGUGUAGAACCGCCAGAGUUGAGUUCUCUCCCAGUCCCGGAACCUCAUCCACCCCUUUGAGGGAAGAAGCCUGUUCCACCCAGUAUCUUCCAUCCUUUCCAAGCCUGGAAAUGCAAGUCCAAUUAGUCACAUCUGGUUACAGCAAAUCAGAGGUGGAAUGAGCUGAAGCCUGUUUAUACACGCUCAGAAAAACUUAAUCUGGAGCUAGAGUGGCCUAUACUGUUCACAUUGACUUUUUUUGUUUCCUUUGCUCUGUAAUUCAAUGGCCUUAUUGGCCAGGUCUCUCUUCUGCACACUAGAAUAGCUCUAGGCAAGGUCUCUGAGGUCACAGAAUACUUAAUUCCCCUCAGCUGACUCUAUACCCACUAUGGAACAACCUCAGGCUGAGUGCCCAGCCCCUAGUAAGGCCAAUAGUGCAGAAACAGUUGAAUCUGAAAAACAUGAGGCCCUGUCUGGACCAGAGAAGCAUCCUCAGGACGAGGACAGUACAGAUGCUGGACCAGAGAAGCAUCCUCAGGACAAGAACAGUGCAGCUGCUGAUGGGGCAGCUGGAGAACAGGAGCCAGGAGACCAAACUUUGCCACCAGCCCAGGAUGGGGAAAAUCUUGAGUGUCCUCCUCCUGAAGCUAGCCCAAGUCCUUCUGGACCACCUUGUGGGAUUUCAUCUGAGGUAAAGACAACAGAGGCAUGUUCCAGGCCACAGGAGCUUCCCCAGUCCCCCAGGAUCCAACAGCCUGAUUUAGAUUUCUACUGUGUCAAGUGGAUCCCUUGGAAGGGAGAACGGACCCCCAUCAUCACCCAGAGCAGCAAUGGUCCUUGUCCUCUCCUGGCCAUCAUGAACAUCCUCUUUCUUCAGUGGAAGGUGAAGCUGCCUCCUCAGAAGGAAGUAAUCACAUCAGAUGAGCUCCUCACACAUCUUGGAAACUGCCUUCUGUCCAUCAAACCGCAAGAGAAAUCUGAGGGCCUUCAACUUAACUUUCAGCAGAAUGUAGACGAUGCAAUGACGGUGCUUCCUAAACUGGCCACAGGUCUGGACGUCAAUGUGCGGUUCACGGGCGUCUCAGACUUUGAGUACACACCGGAGUGCAGCAUCUUUGACUUGCUGGGGAUACCUCUAUACCACGGCUGGCUUGUGGAUCCACAGAGUCCUGAGGCUGUGAGUGCUGUUGGGAAACUGAGUUACAACCAGCUGGUAGAGAAGAUAAUCACCUGUAAACACUCUAGUGACUCCAACCUUGUAACAGAAGGCUUGAUUGCGGAGCAGUUCCUGGAGACCACUGCAGCACAGCUGACCUACCAUGGGCUAUGCGAGCUCACGGCAGCUGCUAAGGAAGAUGAACUUAGUGUCUUUUUUCGAAACAACCACUUUAGCACGAUGACUAAGCACAAGAGUCAUCUGUACCUACUGGUCACUGACCAAGGUUUUCUACAGGAGGAGCAGGUGGUGUGGGAGAGCUUGCACAACGUAGAUGGUGACAGCUGCUUUUGUGACUCUGACUUCCACCUAAGUCAUUCCCUAGGCAAAAGCCAUGGAGCAGAAGGUGGGAGUGGUUCUCCAGAAAAGCAGCUGCAGGUGGACCAGGACUACCUUAUUGCCUUAUCCCUGCAGCAGCAGCAGCCGCAAGGCAUGCUGGGCCUUAGUGACCUGGAACUGGCCCAACAGCUUCAACAGGAAGAGUAUCAACAACAGCAAGCAGUUCAACCUGUGCGAACAAGGGCGCCAUCGCCCCAGGGGAGAGGAGCCACAUCCGGACGCCCAGCUGGAGAGCGGCGACAGAGGUCAAAGACUGAGUCAGACUGUGUUCUGCUCUGACUCCGCCCCAUACAACCUACCCCUUCUUUCAGAGGCUGUGACUCACAGGACCCCACCCCACCUCAAUCUCUGAGGCAUACAGGGUAACCUAUAUGCACUGUUGGCGAUCAGAACAGAUAGUAGGUGCCAAGGUCAGACUUGGUGCCAUCUUUGCCCCUGUGUUGCUGUCUUCUCUUCUACUCAUCCAGGGCCACAUGGGUGUGGGUUGGGUGAAGACCUCCCGUGCCCAGCCCCCUUUCUGGAAUAGUCACAUGGAUAUACAGACCCAGGCUGCUAGGUGAGGCACCUAUCUGGAAAGCAUCUCUCCUGUGUCCCUGCCUGUCUGGUUGCUCCCAGGCUAACCCACAGGCCUGUCUUUGUUUUAGGGUUUGGUUUGGGUUUCUACCUUUAUUGUUUUCAAUGCCUUCCUAGGGGGUUGGAAAUAAAACUUCUUUCAUGAGA